GUAUCAGGAGGUUGGGUGACGACAGUCGUGCUCCGAAAUGGGGCACCCUAUGCCACAUUCACAUCUCGAACGUCUGAAGUUGCUUUUGAUGACUCGUCCUCAUCACGUAUCAUCUACAUGGAUGAUGGCUUCUCUGUGACACAUGGUGGUAUGACAUCACUACUGGAUGCACAUACGCAUCCAGCACACGGUGAAAGCAGUGUACUGAAAAUGAAGACCACUAUUGAUGCGUUACAGAAUCCGGCACGCCGUUCGUUGACGUCGCGCUUUGACUGGCGUCCGUUUGUGAAACGUGGUGGAGCGGAGCGUCGAAUCGCCGAGGUUAAUGGCGUGAAUGUUUUCACGGUGACCUUCGAUCGAGUGGCAAAGAGUGACGUCAUCAGUGCAAAAUCAGAAGACGAGAACACUUCGCUUAUUGUAUAUGGAUAG